CGGGGAGCGGCGGCGAGUAGGCGGCGGCCGGCCGGGCUGGUCCGGGCAGGUCCGGGCGGGGAGCCGGAGCCGAGCCGGGACCGCGCCGGAGCCGAGCGAGGACAGCAGGCCCGGCCCCGCCUCCUCCCCCGCCCCGCGCCCGCCGGUCGCGCCGGAGUUCGGAGCCGCGCCGGGCAGGGCCGCGCCGCCGCCGGUCCUCGGUCCUCGGUCCUCGGUCCUCGGUCCGCGGCGAAGCCAGAUCGCGGCUCCCGGGGCCGGGCCGAGCCGGCGCGGCGCAUGGCGGGGCCGCGGGGCGCGCUGCUGGCCUGGUGCCGCCGCCAGUGCGAGGGCUACCGCGGCGUGGACGUCCGCGACCUGAGCGGCUCCUUCCGGGACGGCCUGGCCUUCUGCGCCAUCCUGCACCGGCACCGGCCCGACCUGCUAGAUUUUGAUUCACUUUCCAAGGACAAUGUCUUCGAGAAUAACCGUUUGGCCUUUGAAGUGGCCGAGAAGGAGCUGGGCAUCCCUGCUCUACUGGACCCCAAUGACAUGGUCUCCAUGAGGGUCCCCGACUGCCUCAGCAUCAUGACCUACGUGUCCCAGUAUUACAACCACUUCGCCAGCCAUGGCCAAGCCGGUGUCUCACCACCCGGAAAGGGCCUGUCACCCUCCUCCCCGCCAUCCACUCCAGUGGAACCAGAAGAGAGGGCUCAGGGCGAGGAGCUCGCCUCAGGUCACCUGUCGGAGCAGAGCGCCCACCGGCCCCCCAGCAGCGUGUGCGCAGCCUGCGGGCAGCACGUGCACCUGGUGCAGCGGUACCUGGCCGAGGGCAAGCUGUACCACCGGCACUGCUUCCGGUGUCGGCAGUGCUCCAGCACCCUGAUCCCGGGUGCCUACCGGGCUGGGCCUGAGGAGGGCACCUUCGUGUGUGCGGAGCACUGUCCCAGGCUGGGCCCGGGUGGGCGGGGGGCCAAGCCCCGGUCCCCACCACAGCCAAAGCGACAGCCAGAAGAAGGAAAGGAAGCCGCAGAAGAAGCCAAGGAUGUGGAGGGAGGCGGCCCCAGCCCUAGGGCGGCUGCAGGGGCCGAGGUCCGGCCCCAGAUCCCCACCAAGCCCUGCCUUCUGGACAAACCACAGGAUCUGGCCAGCCCCCAGGCCGGCCGCCCCAUGCCCACCCCCAGGAAGACCUUGGAGAGCACAGCCCCGGCGCCCUCCGUGCCCCCGACGCCCGCUGUGCCCCCGACGCCCCGGCCCCGGUCCAGCCUGCAGCCUGAGAACUCCGUGGAGCAGGGAGGCGGCAGCCUGGUGAACGGAAGGCUGCACGAGCCCCCCGUCCCCAAGCCGAGAGGAACGCCCAAGCUGUCAGAGAGGACGCCCGACAGGACGCCCGCCCCCAGGAAGGACCCUCCCUGGAUCGCACUGGUCCAGGCAGAGCCAAAGAAGAAGCCGGCCCCUCUGCCGCCGAGCAGCAGCCCCCGGCCGCCGAGCCGGGACAGCAGGCGGGUGGAGAAUGGAGGCGAGGAGGUGGCCCCCAGGAGCCCUGCGGCGGCUGGCCUGGAGCCCAAGCCCUACAACCCCUUUGAGGAGGAUGAGGCAGAGGAGGCGGAGGAGCCCCCUGCUGCACCCAGUCUGGCCACCAGCCCUGCCCAGGCCCAGCCGGAGUCCACACCCAAGUCCCUGCACCCCUGGUACGGCAUCACCCCCACCAGCAGCCCCAAGACCAAGAAGCGCCCUGCCCCCCGGGCGCCCAGCGCAUCCCCGCUCGCUCUCCACGCCUCCCGCCUCUCACACUCCGAGCCGCCCUCGGCCACCCCGUCGCCGGCCCUCAGUGUGGAGAGCCUGUCGUCCGAGGGCGCCAGCCAGCCCGCCGGUGGGGACCUCCUGGAGCCGCCGGUUGUGCCCAAGAGCUCCUCAGAGCCUGCUGUCCACGCUCCGGGCACCCCCGGGACCUCUGCCAGCCUCUCUGCCGGCUCCUCCCUGUCCUCCUCUGGCGAGCUGGCACAGCCCACCCCGGACCGGACGCCUCAAGCCAGCCCUGGCCUCGCCCCCAAUACGAGGGGCAGCUCGGGUGCCCAGCCAGCCAAGCCCUGCAGUGGCGCUGCCCCCACCCCGCUCUUGUUGGUGGGAGACAAGGUCCCCGUGCCUUUGCCUGGCACCUCCUCCCCGCAGCUCCAGGUAAAGUCUUCCUGCAAGGAGAAUCCUUUUAACCGGAAGGCGUCGCCCACAGCGUCCCCAGCCCCAAAGAAAGCCACCAAAGGACCCAAGCCAGCGAGGCCACCUGCCCCGGGACACGGCUUCCCGCUCAUCAAGCGCAAGGUCCAGGCUGACCAGUACAUCCCCGAGGAGGACAUCCACCGAGAGGUGGACACCAUCGAGCGCCAGCUGGACGCCCUGGAGCUCCGUGGGGUGCUGCUGGAGGAGAAGCUGCGAGGCGGGGUGAAUGAGGGCCGUGAGGACGACAUGCUGGUGGACUGGUUCAAGCUCAUCCACGAGAAGCACCUGCUGGUGCGGCGGGAGUCCGAGCUCAUCUACGUCUUCAAGCAGCAGAACCUGGAGCAGCGCCAGGCCGACGUGGAGUAUGAGCUCAGGUGCCUCCUCAACAAGCCAGAAAAGGACUGGACAGAGGAAGACCGGGGCCGGGAGAAGGUGCUGAUGCAGGAGAUGGUGACCCUCAUCGAGCAGCGCAAUGCCAUUGUCAACUGCCUGGAUGAGGACCGGCAGAGGGAGGAAGAGGAAGAUAAGAUGUUGGAAGCCAUGAUUAAGAAGAAAGAGUUCCAGAAGGAGGCUGAAUCCGAGGGCAGCAAGAAGGGCAAGUUCAAGAAGGUGAAGGUGCUGAAGCUGCUGGGAAAUAAGCGUGACGCCAAGAGCAAGUCCCCCGGGGACAAGAGCUAACAGCGAGGGGACUGCCACCCCCGCUGGCUCAGCCCUAUCCGGGCUGGUUCCGAUGACUCUGAUGCUGGUCAGACCCAAGGAGCAAGCAGGGUCCAGGGUCCUGGGUCCAGGGAGCGGCAGCAGCCGCACACACCUGCCUCGUCCCGCCCAGCCCGGAUGUGACGGCAGCUCCUGGGUCCUUCCUUCUGGGUCACGUCCAGACGGGAUUCUUCGCUGUUAAAGUUCGGACCUGAGGGUCCUUCCCCCACGAGGUGUGCGUCCGGCCUCCUGCCUCUAGGGCUCUGCUCCUCGCAGGCAGAGCCGGGCUUGGCUGCGCUGGCUGCUUCCUGCCCGGCCCGGCCCGGCCCAGUUCCUGUCUUCCUCGCCGGGCAGGUGGCCCGAGUCUGCUUCUCCUCCCCGGGAGCUCUAUUUAUGAAGUCUCCGUGUUGCUCAGUGACUGUGUCCUUAGCUAUGAGUGGGGCUGAUGGACGAAACCCUCCCUCCGUCUCUGAGUUCCAGGAGGCGCUUCCCUCGUUCCUUGCUCUGUAGGAACCUCACAGGACGGGCUGUGAUGGCUGCACUGGGGACCUGGGGGCCGCAGCUGAGUCUCCCCACAAGGGCCUCGAGGCAGCUCCCUGAUCGCUGAGGGGUCUGCUUGGUGUAGGUGCUAAUCCCGGUCUCUAACACACUGUCGUCUGAGGCCCCACUGAGGCUCACCUGCCCCCCGGGGGGAGGGCCUGUUCCUGCGCGUGGUCACCACCAGUCUGUCCUCACACUCCUGUUGCUUGUUCUCCCCGACUGAUUCCCACCAAAGGGCUGACCGCCACUCUCCCCACUGGGAGGAGCAAUGGGGACCAGGCCUUUCCCCAGGGACUGUGCCAGCAGCUCUGGUCGAAGCACUGUGGCUAUCAGCUAGUUCUGGGACCUCCAGGCCCCUUCCCUCAGCACGCCUUGGGGAAGAUCUCACUGUAUUCACUCCAACAAUGAAUGGAAACCAAGAUUGCCGUGCCCUGCAGCCUCGGGCGCUGUGCCCUUGGCCAGGUCUGCCUUCUUUCCCGGGUGCCUCCGGUGUCUGGCCUCACUGGUGGCCCAGGAGGCGUGUAGGGGCUCUGGCCCUCACUGCCCGCCCUCGUAGCCCUGCAGUCCCCUUCCUCAUGUGCCUGUUGCCCUGGGGCUGGGUCACCGACUCCAGGGCCUUUCGGGGGCCAGGAUGCAGGAACCGGGCUGGGGUGCCUCAGUGUCAGGAGACUCGGGUGGUGGGGACUACCGUGGCCAUGUGCCCAGUGUCGUCAGAUCUUUCCAUUUUUCAAAAGAAGCUAGAAAUCCAGAUUGUGUGUGUGUGUGUGUAAUUUGUAAUGUUGGCAACUAAUCUGAAAUUAAAUCGAGGGCAGGCUGAAUGUA